UGUGUUUAUGGGGGUGAAAGCUGAUGAUUGGGGGUUAGAGCUGAUUAACAGGCCUUAUAUUCUCCGCUGGGGGUUAAAACCUAAUGGCAAUCGUCCAGAAGCAGAGAUGACACCAACUGUCACUGGUACUUUCAUGCUCUCUAACCCCUCCUCCUCUUGUCUUUCACCCUCCAUCCCCAUCUCACUCCCUCUCUCCUCGAUCCCCAUUUCUGUCUCUCACACCCCAAUGGAAAAAUGAUAACAUUUAUGUGUGCUAUAGUUUGUAAUAUUGUCUGUGUGUGUUAAUGGAAAAUAGUGUAGUCAGGGCUCCAGGUAAAUCCUCCAGUCACUGUCAUGCUUCACUUCUGCUGUAUUUCAUUCACUGCUGAACUGGUACAGCAUUCCUUCCUCUUUUCUCCUCUCUCUUCCUCCAUCCCCCACUAUCUCUCUACCACCUCUCUCUUUCUCCCAUCCAUCCAUCCCCCGCUUUCUCUUUUUCAUCCUCUCUCUGUCUCUCUCUCUCUAAUCACCUGCAGUCAGACAUGCAUAUCGCAGCUCAUCUCUGAUUGGCUGAGCUGGGAGGAGUCUAUUCUGAUGUGUCACACGUACCACAACAGCAGGAUAGAACCUCCCUCUCUCCCUCCCUCCCUCCCUCCCUCUCUCUCUGUCUCUCUCUACCUCUCUCUCUCCUCACACACACACGCUCUCACACACACACAUACGCCAGAGCUGACACUGCAGCAGAAAAACAGGCCGGCAGGAUUUCUCCCCGGCUGUAGCGUAGCGUCAGAGAGGGACUCCAUCGGCUGUGAGAGAGAAGGACCGUCUUCAUGGAUGCUCUGUCGAGGAGUACCUGACCAGACGCAACAGGCUUUGUGUGUUAGUGUGUCGGGUCCGUUUGUGUGAGCACCGCAGCAGGAGCAGCAGCACUGCAGAUGCUGACUGAAUCUGGGGCUUGGCUCAACGCCUCAUCCUCCCCUCCCCCCCUUGGAGCAUCGACGUGGAAAAGAAGAUCCAUCGCUCUCAACCUCUGUGUGUGUGUCAGUGAACGUGGGUGUUUGUGUAAGAGCAGAGCUGGUGUGUCAUUCACUGCUCUGCCAGCGUAUCCGUGUCGUCGGCCCUCUCCCUGUCCCAGAAUGCUUCGCUCUGCGCCCCUGUGCUGAGGCGGCGUUGGGCAGUAUGGGCGCUGCGCUGGCCGGGACCCCCCCCACGGAUCUAAGCUGCCCCCCCGGGACGGGCGCACACCGCACCCCUGCUGAUGGGCGAGGACACUGACACCACCCGAACACUCAACCACGGCUUCCUCCGAGACCACAACUAUGUGACUGAAGGGCUGCUCGUGGCUUUUGCCUGAAGAGCCCCGCCCCGCCAGGCCCUGCCUCCUCCCCUCUCCCGGACUCCUCCCCCAGGAUGUUGAACCCCAUCCAGGUCCUGUCCUCCGACAUCACUUCCCUCUCUCUGGAGCCCGAGCCGUUUGCCUCUUACACUGAAGCUGAUAUCAUCUCCACUGUAGAGUUCAACCACACUGGAGAGCUCCUGGCCACAGGGGAUAAGGGGGGGCGAGUGGUCAUCUUCCAGAGGGAACCUGAGUGUAAGACAGAGCCGUACUCCCAGGGAGAGUACAAUGUCUACAGCACGUUCCAGAGCCAUGAGCCGGAGUUUGACUACCUGAAGAGUCUGGAGAUCGAGGAGAAGAUCAACAAGAUACGAUGGCUGCCUCAGCAGAACGCCGCCCACUUCCUCCUUUCCACCAAUGAUAAGACCAUUAAGCUGUGGAAGGUGAGUGAGCGGGACAAGAGGCCUGAAGGCUACAACCUGAAGGAUGAAGAGGGCAGGAUAAAGGACCUCUCCACCGUCACCUCACUACAGGUGCCGGUGUUGAAGCCCAUGGAUCUGAUGGUGGAAGUGAGCCCUCGGCGUGUGUUUGCCAACGCCCACACCUACCACGUCAACUCCAUCUCCGUCAACUCCGACCACGAGACCUACAUGUCAGCUGACGACCUGAGGAUCAACCUCUGGCACCUGGGCAUCACCGACCGCAGCUUCAACAUCGUGGACAUCAAGCCAGUGAACAUGGAGGAUCUGACAGAGGUGAUAACAGCAGCAGAGUUCCACCCUCACCACUGUAACCUGUUGGUCUACAGCAGCAGUAAGGGAACUCUACGGCUCUGUGACAUGAGAGAGGCCGCACUGUGUGACAAACACUCCAAACUGUUUGAGGAGCCGGAGGACCCCAGUAACCGCUCCUUCUUCUCGGAAAUCAUCUCGUCUGUGUCGGAUGUCAAGUUCAGCCACAGCGGGCGCUACCUGCUGACCAGAGACUACCUCACCGCCAAGGUGUGGGACCUCAACAUGGAGAACAAGCCCCUGGAGAUAUACCAGGUGCAUGAUUACCUCCGCAGCAAGCUGUGCUCCCUCUAUGAGAACGACUGCAUCUUCGACAAGUUUGAGUGUGCCUGGAACGGCUCAGACAGUGUGAUCAUGACGGGGGCCUACAACAACUUCUUCCGGAUGUUUGACCGGAACACCAAGCGUGACGUGACCCUGGAGGCGUCCAGGGAGAGCAGUAAGCCCCGGGCAGUUCUCAAGCCUCGCCGCGUCUGCCAGGGUGGGAAACGCCGCAAGGAUGACAUCAGCGUGGACAGCCUGGACUUCACCAAGAAGAUCCUGCACACGGCCUGGCACCCUACGGAGAACAUCAUCGCCAUCGCUGCCACCAACAACCUGUACAUCUUCCAGGACAAACUCAACCAGGAGAUGCAUGGCUGAGAGGGAGAGCGCAGGAGGCUGGAGACACACACACACAUAGAUACACACACACACACUCCCUCCAGACGACAGGGCGAUACUGUGGAGACACACACUCCAGAGUGCUCACUCCCUGCCUCCCGCCCUUCCAACCAAUGUAGUCUAUGAAGUCUACCCCCCACCCCCCACCCCCC